GUCCCAGCGCGACCCGCCCCGGCGAUCGCUGUACUCUGCGCCGACUCGAACCCGCGGACAUGGCGAGCCAGGUUAUCAAGUGUAAGGCUGCAGUUGCCUGGGAGGCUGGAAAGCCUCUCUCCAUAGAGGAGAUAGAGGUGGCACCCCCAAAGGCUCAUGAAGUUCGAAUUAAGAUCCUUGCCACUGCGGUGUGUCACACCGACGCCUAUACGCUGAGUGGGGCUGAUCCCGAGGGGUGUUUCCCAGUGAUUUUGGGACACGAAGGUGCUGGAAUUGUGGAAAGUGUUGGCGAAGGAGUUACUAAGCUGAAAGCAGGUGACACAGUCAUCCCGCUUUACAUCCCACAGUGUGGAGAAUGCAAAUUUUGUCUGCAUCCUAAUACGAACCUUUGCCAGAAGAUAAGGGUCACUCAAGGGAAAGGAUUAAUGCCAGAUGGUACCAGCAGAUUCACGUGCAAAGGAAAGACAAUUUUACAUUACAUGGGAACCAGCACGUUUUCUGAGUACACAGUCGUGGCCGAUAUCUCUGUGGCUAAAAUAGACCCCUCAGCACCUCUGGAUAAAGUCUGCCUCCUGGGCUGUGGCAUUUCAACCGGCUAUGGUGCCGCGGUGAACACGGCCAAGGUUACACCUGGCUCUACUUGUGCUGUCUUUGGCCUGGGAGGAGUUGGACUGGCAGCGAUCAUGGGCUGUCAGGUGGCUGGGGCAUCCCGCAUCAUUGGCGUGGACAUCAACAAAGACAAAUUCGCAAAGGCCAAAGAGUUCGGAGCGUCGGAAUGUAUCAGCCCCCAGGACUUCAAUAAACCCAUCCAGGAAGUGCUCGUUGAGAUGACGGAGGGCGGCGUGGACUAUUCCUUCGAGUGCAUCGGUAACGUGAAGGUCAUGGAAGGGCGGAAGAAGCGGGGCGUGGCGAGUGAGGCUUCUCUGGUGCCGACCUCGGGCCUGUGGGUUCAAGAACACGUUUCCUUAGCCACAGUGGCACAGGUAAUCAGAACCCAGGGCUGCUUCCUUGAGGUUGUCUUCUUGCGGGCAGGUGCCACGCCUCGUUCCUACCUGAAUCUCACGUUCCCAGUAUGGCACCUGGCCCACGGGACUCUGAAAUUCGCCACUGAAGCAGCCUUCCACACUAGCGAGGUGAGCUGUAUGCACUGUUCCGAGUGCAGUGUGGGAGCUACGUGA